UCUCUCACCCACUUUCCCAAAUCAAACCAAAAACCAACAAGUCUCUCUUCCUAAGUUCCUAAACUAAACAUCAUCUCUUCCUCCUAUUUUUGUAUAAUUUCCAUUUAUUUCAAAAGAAAAAUAUGAGUUCAACAAGCAGAGCUUGGGUGGUGGCUGCAAGCAUAGGAUUAAUGGAAGCAUUAAAAGAUCAAGGAUUGUGCAGAUGGAAUUAUGGGUUAAGGGCAAUUCAACACCAUGCAAAGGCUAAUCUUAGAUCUUACUCUCAGGCUAAGAAGCUUUCUUCAUCUUCUUCUUCUGCUUUGUCCAAGAAAUUUCAAGAUGAUAAAACUGCAAAAUCUGAGGAAUCUCUUAGAACUGUUAUGUAUUUGAGCUGUUGGGGUCCCAAUUGAAUUUAGACCCUUCAAUUUUUGUAAAUUAAGUUGAAUAUAAGCACCUUUUUCUACCAAAUA